AUGCAUAGUAAACCGGUCUUGUCACUAACUCAAUUCCAUUAUUCGACCGCUGUAACUCACGUGACAACUAUAUUAAAUAUAAUACAUUUAUGCUCUUUGAUGCUGCUUAAUUACAUUAUUUGUGACGAAUUUUUCAACAGAGGAAUGGCAGUCGACGCACGUGGUAUUGUACUCUCUGGUACUAAUCUCGCCAAAGAAAUUCGCGAGUCAUUAGCCAAAGAUGUAAUGAACAUAAAGUCAAAACUGCCAGAUUUUUCACCGGGAUUAGCAAUUGUUCAAGUCGGUGGUCGAGAAGAUUCAAAUGUCUACAUUCGUAUGAAAAUAAAAGCUGCUUCUGAAAUUGGAAUCAACGCUACUCAUCUCCAGCUUCCCAACACCACUACUGAAAUGGAACUUAUGAGUAAACUUCGUAAAUUAAACAAUGAUCCCCAAACUCAUGGUAUUAUUGUACAAAUGCCACUUGAUAGUGUCAAUAAAAUAAAUUCUGAUUUGAUCACUGACGCUGUAAUACCUGAAAAAGAUGUUGAUGGACUUAACACAAUAAAUGAAGGCCGAGUAGCUAUUGGAAAUAUGUAUGGAUUUCUACCUUGUACUCCGAAUGGUUGCAUUGAGCUUAUUAAAAAGAGUGGAGUUAUUAUUGCUGGAGCAAAUGCUGUCGUUUUGGGUAGAAGUAAAAUUGUAGGUACGCCUGUAGCAGAGUUGUUGAAAUGGCAUAAUGCUACUGUAACCGUCUGUCACUCUAAAACUAAAAAUUUACCAUCAGUUGUAUCCCAAGCUGAUAUUCUUGUCGUAGGUAUUGGCCAACCUGAAAUGGUGAAAGGUUCUUGGAUAAAACCUGGAGCAGUUGUUAUUGAUUGUGGAAUUAAUUCUAUCCCAGAUGCUACUAAAAAGUCGGGACAACGGCUGGUUGGUGAUGUUGAAUAUGCAGAGGCAGCUAAAGUUGCUUCAUACAUUACUCCAGUUCCAGGUGGUGUUGGUCCAAUGACUGUAGCAAUGUUAAUGAAAAAUACAGUGAUAUCAGCAAAGCGAUCAGCUGAAAAACUUAUCAGUACUACGUGGAAUAUUCGUUCCUUGCCAUUAAAAAUUCAAAAUCCUGUCCCGAGUGAUAUUAUAAUUUCUAGAAGUCAAGAACCCAAACCAAUUGCUUAUUUAGCCAAUGAAAUUGGCAUUACUCCGGAUGAAAUCAGUCCUUAUGGUUCAAAAAAAGCCAAAGUAAGUUUAAGUCUGUUGAACCGUUUAAAACAUCAGAAAGAUGGAAAAUUAAUAGUUGUCGCUGGUAUUACUCCAACACCAUUUGGCGAAGGUAAAAGCACAACAACUCUGGGAUUAGUUCAAGCUUUGACAGCUCAUCGCAAUAAAAAUUCAAUUGCAACCCUCAGACAGCCGAGUAUGGGUCCAACAUUUGGUGUCAAAGGUGGAGCUGCUGGUGGUGGUUACGCGCAAGUUAUUCCUAUGGAAGAAUUUAAUUUACACCUGACUGGUGACAUUCAUGCUGUAUCAACAGCUCAUAACCUUCUUGCUGCACAAAUUGAUGCGCGAUAUUUCCACGAAUCUACUCAAACAGACAAAGCGCUCUAUAAUAGACUUGUACCUAUUGUCAAAGGAGUGAAAACAUUCUCUAAAAUUCAAUUGAGAAGACUUGAAAAGCUUGGAAUCAAUAAAACUGAUCCAAAUUCAUUAACUGAAGACGAAAUUACGAAAUUUUCUCGAUUAGAUAUCAACCCCGAAACAAUUAUUUGGCCCAGAGUCAUGGAUUUAAACGAUAGAUUUUUACGACAAAUUACCGUUGGUAAAAGUCCAACCGAAAAAGGUAUUACUAGAGAAACAUCAUUCCGCAUAUCUGUUGGAUCAGAAAUUAUGGCUAUUCUUGCACUAGCCACUGAUAUAGAGGACAUGAAAAAAAGACUCGGUAAUAUUGUUGUUGCAUUUUCAAAAAGUGGAGAACCAUUAACUGCCGAAGAUUUUGGUAUGACUGGAGCUAUGGCCGUUCUUUUAAAAGACGCAAUAGAACCAAACUUGAUGCAAAGUUUGGAAGGUACUCCAAUUUUAGUACACGCAGGACCAUUCGCAAAUAUUGCCCAUGGAUGUUCAUCUAUUAUUGCCGAUAAACUUGCUCUGAAACUUGUCGGAGCUGAUGGUAUUGUUGUAACGGAAGCUGGCUUUGGUUCUGACAUCGGUAUGGAAAAAUUCUUUGACAUUAAAUGUCGUACUUCAGGUCAUUUACCUUAUGCAGUUGUUCUGGUAACAACUGUAAGAGCUUUAAAAAUGCACGGUGGUGGUCCAACUGUCACUCCUGGAGCACCUUUACAAAAAGAGUAUUUAGAAGAGCAUCUUGAUCUCGUUGAAAAGGGCUUACCAAAUCUGAUUAAACAUAUUGAAAACGGAAAUCAAUUUGGCGUACCUGUUAUUGUAGCUAUAAAUGUCCAUGCCACUGAUACUCCAGCAGAAUUAAAUCUUGUUAAAGAAGCAGCUCUUAAAAAUGGUGCUUUGCAAGCUGUUAUUUGUAAUCACUGGGCUAAAGGUGGCGAGGGAGCACUGGAUCUAGCCGACGCUGUUAUUCAAGCAGUUGAACAACCCAGUAAUUUUAAACUUCUCUACGAUUUAGACACCAGCAUUGAAGAAAAAAUUAAAAUAAUUGCUAUUAAAAUGUAUGGCGCUGGUGAAAUCAUUUUAGCUGAUAAAGUUAAAGACAAAAUAGCACGAUACAAUGAAUUAGGAUACAGCAAAUAUCCAUUGUGUAUGGCUAAAACUUCUAACUCAUUAACUGGUGAUCCAGCAAUUAAAAAUGCACCUCAAGGAUUCCCACUUGAAAUUACUGAUAUAUUUGUAUCCGUUGGAGCAGGUUUCGUUGUACCUAUGGUGGGAGAGAUUAUGAUGAUGCCUGGCUUAUCAACAAGACCAGCAAUUUAUGAUAUGGAUUGGAAUAAUGAAACAGAUGAAAUUGAAGGAUUAUUUUAA